UAUGUCUUCUCUCUUGUAAUCGGAGAAACAGAUCAUUGGCUAGACAUGGCAUCACAGAUUAUCGAAAAGUACAGAAAGAAUGCGGAGAUCUACCAUGGCGAAGCCCUCUGCAAGGAAAAAUCGAUUGAGAUCUUAUCGCAGAUGGAGCUUCCCAAAGGUCUUCUACCUCUGAAGGACAUGGAAGAAGUGGGUUACAACAGAGAAACUGGGUUCGUGUGGCUGAAGCAGAAGAAAUCGACGGAACAUGUCUUCCGCAAAGUGAGCAAGAAGGUAUCUUACGCGACAGAGAUCACAGCCUUUGUUGAGCCAAGGAAAUUAAAGAAGCUGAGUGGAGUGAAGACCAAAGAGCUCUUUAUCUGGGUUUCUCUCUCUGAUAUCUACAUCGAUGAUCCUUCUUCUGGGAAGAUAACGUUCAUGACUCCUGCUGGGCUGUCAAGGUCUCUUCCAAUCUCUGCCUUUGAGCUUGAAGAAGACGAGGGAGCGGCGAAAACAGCGGAGAAGGAGUAGAAGAAGA